UUGUCGACAAUGUUUUGGAUAUUUGUUUUAAUUCUUUGAUAUCCUCGGUGGUUUUAGCGAUAGGUUCGUUCCCUCGAAUCUCCCUGUAUUAAACGUCCAAUCCAUAGUAUCUGUUUCUUGAUCCCCUGAGGAUGGCCAACUUUAGAGCGUCGCGUCGGGCGUUCACCUUCCAUCGUUAUCUAGGUGUGUGCGGCUCCAUUGGAGCCUUGGGCUGCUGGGGACAUCAGUCAAUCAAAAGCGAGGCGGGCCCGGAGCCAGGGACACCCACUCAUCAGCCGGAUGAAGCGCCCAACUCGUGCCCAUCGCCUAACCAGGGUCAAAGAAGGCCUUCCGAUUUUAAGCCUGGCCCUUUACUCUCGGCUAUCCAAUUGGAAAAUCCUCAGAUUUUUGAACACGCCCAAUUGCCUAAGAAGGAGAAAGAUAGCGAGACGAUACAAGAUGAAUGUAUCAUAGUGGUGGGGACGACGGGCACAGGCAAGAGCAGCACCAUCGCCAAGUUCACGGGGCAAGAUGUUCAAGUGUCAAGACGGGCCGAAUCGGUCACUCGCGCAUGUCAGGUAUUUGCGGAUUUGAAGGACCCGACAGGCCCGAAAUGGGUGGAUACCGUGGGUUAUGAUGAUUCUACCCACCUCACGGAUGAAGAGAGCUUCCAGGACGUGCUCAAGUUCAUUGACCAACAUGACAUGAAGAAAGUCCGCGCCAUCGUAUGGACCGUUAUGUCGCAAGAGCGGAAUGAUGCCCGACUGCAACGGCAAGCCGACUUUAUUAACCAGUUCAAGCCCGGCGAAAUCUGGAGGAAUGUCAUUAUAUUGGUUAAACAUCCAGGGAGUUUUAACCCACAGCUGGCCUGUCAAGGCGCCUUGGUGGCGGCCAAGGCUCACGCCAAUGAUGAGACGCAAAUUAAGGCCGUGGGCUACACCUAUUUGGACGAUGCCUUGCCUACAAAACUUCGCCAGUCCGUGAGCCACCUGUCCAAGAAGGCUCGGUCCGAAAUGCUCUUGGUGUCGGAUGACGAAGUACGACAGAUUUUGGAGGAACAAAUAUCCACCAUAGAGAAUCCCAUUCCCAUCAUAUUUCGGGAUCAUCAGUGUCUUAGUUGCGGCGAAGUAAAUGAUCGCCGACUGUUGCCACCUUACUGUCAUCUUGAGCCGCUUAUGAAGCAUCCACUUCCUGCUCGAAUGUUUCAUCCAGAAGCAUGCGAGAUCUACCAUUCCCUGGGCAAAGAGACCUUUCACUCGGGCUUGUUACGCAUUGUUGGCGGGCCCCAAGAAGAGUGUGAAAUGAUCAAACGGGGCUUGAGUGUGGCAGCCAUCCCUCUUAUGUGCAUGGAUCCGUUUAUAACGGGCCCAACAACCGUGGCAGCCGCAGCUUCUGCCUGGUAUGCGUGUUCCAAACUGAGCCAGCCCGUGGAAGAGCGCUUUUCGUGUUGCAAUGCGGCUCAGACCACGUCUGGGUGCAAAAUCCGAUGGCGAUGUUGUCGUAAUAACGAAGAGAAUGAGGGUUGUAUGUUCAGGUUCAAGUGUUGCCGGAGCCCCCAUGAUUCCGGAGGCUGCAUGAUCAAGUAUAUGUGUUGCGGUCAACAACAAGGAACAGCGGGCUGUGUGCAAGUAUGUCGAAAAUGUGAUGCUCCCUGGGGCAGUCCCGCGAAUAAAUGCGUGCUCAAAGAGCAUACCUUAGUGCGGUUCGAACCCAAGGGAGGAGCAGGUCUAGGAGAAAGCGGGCAAUAAAUUUAGAGUGUGAUAUCUUUCAAAUAUAUUAUCAACUUGA